AUGUAUUGUUGUUGCAGAAACGGUCCAGUGGAGGGCGCGUAUGGUUCGCAGCACAGUCCGGUGUCGCGCUCGGACGCUUCCACCGAGGACGCGGAGCUGUCUGCUGCACUCGCUCACCAGCACCACCUCGCCAUGCAGGCUGGGGAGUAUCCGGUGGCCGGCGUGGAACCAGAUUACGGGCAAUAUGUGUCGUCACCAGCAGCUCACUACAACCACAUGGGACACCUUACUAUGGCACCCUCGCAAAAGUACCCACACGUGAUGGAUUCGGUGUCGGUGAGCGGGGGCGUGUACGGCGGCGGGGCCGGCGGCGCUCACUACGGUACUUACGCGCACUAUGGCGCCGCUUACCCCGCGCAACCCGCCUACCUCGUGGAGCCGGGAACACAAGUGCCUGCGUACAUGACGCAGGAGUACGUGGAAGGCGGAGGUAGUGCAUCACCAAGGAGCGCUUCGCCUGGUGCGCUACCACCGCAACAUAAUCUUCAUUUGCAGCAGAGGUAUGAUUCUGCAUCUCUGGAGCAAUUAGGACGGCACUAUUGCGUGACGUCACCGCGCGGCGAGUACGCAGGCGAUGCGUACGGCUACCAACACUAUCCGACAGCGUACGACCCACAACCACACCAGCCACCACCAUUCAAGGAUUCCCAGAACGGUUUAAGCCUUGGAAGUACCGGAGGGCAGUCAAUGUAUGGAGAUGAAGAUGAACUACAAAAGCAAAUGGCUGGAAUGGCGUUAGUUCAUCCUAGUGUGGGUGGUCGAGAGGACGGCGGAGGACUACAAUGGCGUGACCCAAAUUUGCCCGAAGUAAUCGGUUUCUUAAAUUCGCCUUCGGACGUGGUUAAAGCUAACGCUGCGGCUUAUUUACAGCAUCUUACUUAUAUGGAUGACCCGAACAAGCAAAAGACAAGGAGUUUAGGUGGCAUCCCGCCGCUGGUGCGGCUGGUGUCGCACGAGAGCGCGGAGGUGUGCCGCAACGCGUGCGGCGCGCUGCGCAACCUGUCGUACGGCCGCCAGAACGACGAGAACAAGCGCGCCAUCCGCGACGCCGGCGGCAUCCCCGCGCUCAUGGCGCUGCUGUGCCGCGCCACAGACAUGGAGGUACGCAACCUGUCGUACGGCCGCCAGAACGACGAGAACAAGCGCGCCAUCCGCGACGCCGGCGGCAUCCCCGCGCUCAUGGCGCUGCUGUGCCGCGCCACAGACAUGGAGGUACGCAACCUGUCGUACGGCCGCCAGAACGACGAGAACAAGCGCGCCAUCCGCGACGCCGGCGGCAUCCCCGCGCUCAUGGCGCUGCUGUGCCGCGCCACAGACAUGGAGGUACGCAACCUGUCGUACGGCCGCCAGAACGACGAGAACAAGCGCGCCAUCCGCGACGCCGGCGGCAUCCCCGCGCUCAUGGCGCUGCUGUGCCGCGCCACAGACAUGGAGGUACGCAACCUGUCGUACGGCCGCCAGAACGACGAGAACAAGCGCGCCAUCCGCGACGCCGGCGGCAUCCCCGCGCUCAUGGCGCUGCUGUGCCGCGCCACAGACAUGGAGGUACGCAACCUGUCGUACGGCCGCCAGAACGACGAGAACAAGCGCGCCAUCCGCGACGCCGGCGGCAUCCCCGCGCUCAUGGCGCUGCUGUGCCGCGCCACAGACAUGGAGGUACGCAACCUGUCGUACGGCCGCCAGAACGACGAGAACAAGCGCGCCAUCCGCGACGCCGGCGGCAUCCCCGCGCUCAUGGCGCUGCUGUGCCGCGCCACAGACAUGGAGGUACGCAACCUGUCGUACGGCCGCCAGAACGACGAGAACAAGCGCGCCAUCCGCGACGCCGGCGGCAUCCCCGCGCUCAUGGCGCUGCUGUGCCGCGCCACAGACAUGGAGGUACGCAACCUGUCGUACGGCCGCCAGAACGACGAGAACAAGCGCGCCAUCCGCGACGCCGGCGGCAUCCCCGCGCUCAUGGCGCUGCUGUGCCGCGCCACAGACAUGGAGGUACGCAACCUGUCGUACGGCCGCCAGAACGACGAGAACAAGCGCGCCAUCCGCGACGCCGGCGGCAUCCCCGCGCUCAUGGCGCUGCUGUGCCGCGCCACAGACAUGGAGGUACGCAACCUGUCGUACGGCCGCCAGAACGACGAGAACAAGCGCGCCAUCCGCGACGCCGGCGGCAUCCCCGCGCUCAUGGCGCUGCUGUGCCGCGCCACAGACAUGGAGGUACGCAACCUGUCGUACGGCCGCCAGAACGACGAGAACAAGCGCGCCAUCCGCGACGCCGGCGGCAUCCCCGCGCUCAUGGCGCUGCUGUGCCGCGCCACAGACAUGGAGGUACGCAACCUGUCGUACGGCCGCCAGAACGACGAGAACAAGCGCGCCAUCCGCGACGCCGGCGGCAUCCCCGCGCUCAUGGCGCUGCUGUGCCGCGCCACAGACAUGGAGGUACGCAACCUGUCGUACGGCCGCCAGAACGACGAGAACAAGCGCGCCAUCCGCGACGCCGGCGGCAUCCCCGCGCUCAUGGCGCUGCUGUGCCGCGCCACAGACAUGGAGGUACGCAACCUGUCGUACGGCCGCCAGAACGACGAGAACAAGCGCGCCAUCCGCGACGCCGGCGGCAUCCCCGCGCUCAUGGCGCUGCUGUGCCGCGCCACAGACAUGGAGGUACGCAACCUGUCGUACGGCCGCCAGAACGACGAGAACAAGCGCGCCAUCCGCGACGCCGGCGGCAUCCCCGCGCUCAUGGCGCUGCUGUGCCGCGCCACAGACAUGGAGGUACGCAACCUGUCGUACGGCCGCCAGAACGACGAGAACAAGCGCGCCAUCCGCGACGCCGGCGGCAUCCCCGCGCUCAUGGCGCUGCUGUGCCGCGCCACAGACAUGGAGGUACGCAACCUGUCGUACGGCCGCCAGAACGACGAGAACAAGCGCGCCAUCCGCGACGCCGGCGGCAUCCCCGCGCUCAUGGCGCUGCUGUGCCGCGCCACAGACAUGGAGGUACGCAACCUGUCGUACGGCCGCCAGAACGACGAGAACAAGCGCGCCAUCCGCGACGCCGGCGGCAUCCCCGCGCUCAUGGCGCUGCUGUGCCGCGCCACAGACAUGGAGGUACGCAACCUGUCGUACGGCCGCCAGAACGACGAGAACAAGCGCGCCAUCCGCGACGCCGGCGGCAUCCCCGCGCUCAUGGCGCUGCUGUGCCGCGCCACAGACAUGGAGGUACGCAACCUGUCGUACGGCCGCCAGAACGACGAGAACAAGCGCGCCAUCCGCGACGCCGGCGGCAUCCCCGCGCUCAUGGCGCUGCUGUGCCGCGCCACAGACAUGGAGGUACGCAACCUGUCGUACGGCCGCCAGAACGACGAGAACAAGCGCGCCAUCCGCGACGCCGGCGGCAUCCCCGCGCUCAUGGCGCUGCUGUGCCGCGCCACAGACAUGGAGGUACGCAACCUGUCGUACGGCCGCCAGAACGACGAGAACAAGCGCGCCAUCCGCGACGCCGGCGGCAUCCCCGCGCUCAUGGCGCUGCUGUGCCGCGCCACAGACAUGGAGGUACGCAACCUGUCGUACGGCCGCCAGAACGACGAGAACAAGCGCGCCAUCCGCGACGCCGGCGGCAUCCCCGCGCUCAUGGCGCUGCUGUGCCGCGCCACAGACAUGGAGGUACGCAACCUGUCGUACGGCCGCCAGAACGACGAGAACAAGCGCGCCAUCCGCGACGCCGGCGGCAUCCCCGCGCUCAUGGCGCUGCUGUGCCGCGCCACAGACAUGGAGGUACGCAACCUGUCGUACGGCCGCCAGAACGACGAGAACAAGCGCGCCAUCCGCGACGCCGGCGGCAUCCCCGCGCUCAUGGCGCUGCUGUGCCGCGCCACAGACAUGGAGGUACGCAACCUGUCGUACGGCCGCCAGAACGACGAGAACAAGCGCGCCAUCCGCGACGCCGGCGGCAUCCCCGCGCUCAUGGCGCUGCUGUGCCGCGCCACAGACAUGGAGGUACGCAACCUGUCGUACGGCCGCCAGAACGACGAGAACAAGCGCGCCAUCCGCGACGCCGGCGGCAUCCCCGCGCUCAUGGCGCUGCUGUGCCGCGCCACAGACAUGGAGGUACGCAACCUGUCGUACGGCCGCCAGAACGACGAGAACAAGCGCGCCAUCCGCGACGCCGGCGGCAUCCCCGCGCUCAUGGCGCUGCUGUGCCGCGCCACAGACAUGGAGGUACGCAACCUGUCGUACGGCCGCCAGAACGACGAGAACAAGCGCGCCAUCCGCGACGCCGGCGGCAUCCCCGCGCUCAUGGCGCUGCUGUGCCGCGCCACAGACAUGGAGGUACGCAACCUGUCGUACGGCCGCCAGAACGACGAGAACAAGCGCGCCAUCCGCGACGCCGGCGGCAUCCCCGCGCUCAUGGCGCUGCUGUGCCGCGCCACAGACAUGGAGGUACGCAACCUGUCGUACGGCCGCCAGAACGACGAGAACAAGCGCGCCAUCCGCGACGCCGGCGGCAUCCCCGCGCUCAUGGCGCUGCUGUGCCGCGCCACAGACAUGGAGGUACGCAACCUGUCGUACGGCCGCCAGAACGACGAGAACAAGCGCGCCAUCCGCGACGCCGGCGGCAUCCCCGCGCUCAUGGCGCUGCUGUGCCGCGCCACAGACAUGGAGGUACGCAACCUGUCGUACGGCCGCCAGAACGACGAGAACAAGCGCGCCAUCCGCGACGCCGGCGGCAUCCCCGCGCUCAUGGCGCUGCUGUGCCGCGCCACAGACAUGGAGGUACGCAACCUGUCGUACGGCCGCCAGAACGACGAGAACAAGCGCGCCAUCCGCGACGCCGGCGGCAUCCCCGCGCUCAUGGCGCUGCUGUGCCGCGCCACAGACAUGGAGGUACGCAACCUGUCGUACGGCCGCCAGAACGACGAGAACAAGCGCGCCAUCCGCGACGCCGGCGGCAUCCCCGCGCUCAUGGCGCUGCUGUGCCGCGCCACAGACAUGGAGGUAAAGGAAUUAGUUACUGGAGUAAUUUGGAACAUGUCAUCGUGCGAAGACCUAAAGCAGUCGAUUAUAGAUGACGCAGCUCAAGUGAUAGUGAACAAGGUCAUCAUACCGCAUUCUGGAUGGCAUCCCACCAACCCUGGCGACACAUACUGGUCCACAGUGUUCCGCAACGCGUCGGGCGUGCUGCGCAACGCGUCGUCGGCGGGCGAGUACGCGCGGCGGCGCCUGCGCGCGCUGCCCGGCCUGGCCGAGGCGCUGCUGCACGCCGUGCGCGCCGCCGUGCGCGCCAACGCCAUCGGCACCAAGAUCGUCGAGAACUGCGUCUGCGUGCUGCGCAACCUCUCCUACAGGUGUCAAGAGAUCGAAGACCCGUUAUAUGAUACGAGAGCUCCACCGACACAGUCUUCUGGACAGGCCAGGAUACAAGCCAGCGCGUCUAAAGGCGAGAACCUUGGUUGCUUUGGUGGCAGUAAAAAGAAGAAGGAAGGAUCGUCAUCGUCGAACUCCACCAGUCCACUCGGCAAAAGCGAUCCCGACUCGCAGCCGCUCGGGGAAACUGGCUCCAAUACGCAGCUCGGAUACAGUGUUCCCAAGGGCACAGAAAUGUUGUGGUCACCUGAGGUGGUACCGUUAUACAUGGCAUUGUUGCAAUCUUGCUCGAACCCGGAGACGUUGGAAGCGGCGGCCGGCGCGCUGCAAAACUUAGCGGCCUGCUACUGGCAGCCUUCCAUAGAUAUACGAGCCGCCGUGCGCAAGGAGAAAGGUUUACCAAUCCUAGUAGAGCUACUGCGAAUGGAAGUCGAUCGGGUGGUAUGUGCAGUAGCCACGGCGCUCCGGAACCUGGCCAUAGAUCAGCGCAAUAAGGAGUUGAUCGGCAAAUAUGCUAUGAGGGACCUCGUACAAAAACUACCCAGCGGGAAUCAGCAGCAUGAUCAGGGUACAUCGGACGAUACGAUAGCGGCGGUGCUAGCAACACUGAACGAGGUGAUCAAGAAGAGUGGAGAAUUUUCGCGUUCGUUGCUCGAAGCUGGCGGGGUAGAGCGUUUGUUAAAUCUUACGAAGCAACGUCACCGUCAUACGCCGAGAGUGCUAAAGUUUGCUGGUCAAGUUUUGAUGACAAUGUGGUCGCACGCGGAACUCCGCGAAGUGUACCGCAAGCACGGAUGGCGUGAAGCAGACUUCCUUACUCCAGCCAGAGCGGCACAAACUCGCAGCUCUUCCAACAGUAGCGGUCAGGGCACGCCGGCCGGGGCGGCGGGCGGCAACGCGCCGCACUCGCCGAGCAACGCCAACAGCACGCUGAGCCGCCCCAUGGCUUCCACCGGCGGCACCCGCUACGAGGACCGCACCAUACGCAGGCAUCGUGAGAACGAUGAUAUCCCAACGAUGGACGUGAACAAUUAUCAGGACGGCUUGGGCAUGGGUAAUCCGAACGGGCGGCCGAUGAACUUACAAGGCGUUCAGGCUCAAAUGCCGAUGCCGCCUAGCAGUCGUUAG